UAGCAAAGUUGAAAGUUGAAGUUUAAGUAAUAUUAAAUAUUGCACGGUCGCAUUUAUCUCAAUUUAAAAACUAAUAGGAAAAUGUUGUAUUAUUUGCAAGAUAUCGAGCGGCAAUGAAAUAUAAAAUUAUAUGUUUGAAUUACAGUUAUCGUUUACCUAUUAGGUUUUUAGAAUUGUGUGAUAUUUGUAAUAUGUGUAACUCAUGUGCAUAACAAAGAAUUUUUGAUUAGUAGGAAGAUAUUUUUAAAACCAAGAAAAUUAUUUUACGAUAAAUAGACACGUGUGAAACAAAAUCUAUUUCUUAAUUUUGUAAAAGACAGCUUAAAAUGCAUCUUCAAUUGGUAUGGAUGAUCUUCUAUUUGAGUUGUGCGACUACCAACGACGAGAAAGAAAACUAUGUUCGUGAUGAUUAUAACUACGAAAACUGGCCGUUUCAUUACAAAGCGGCUUUAAACACACUAAGUAUUAUAAAAAGAGAUGUACUACCAGUAGUGCAAGCAGAAGGUAGUAUGAAGUCAUCCAGUGUAGUUGAGAAUGAGUCACGGAAAAUAACCCAAGAGUUGAAGCCAAUGGUAGGACAAACGGAAGGUGGGAUUGUCAAUGAGGCACCAAAUGCAGAUAUUCCAAUUCCUGAUGUAAACACUAAACCAGAUCUAACAACUUUAAAAGAAAAACCAGAACCAGUGAACAACCAAGUGAAUAUCACCAAGACAGAUAUAGUUAAAAGUAAUGACACAAAAACAAGUGAAGCAAAUGUCGUGGCCCAAACAAUUUCAAAAAUUGAAGAUACAGCAACCACUAACAAUACCAGUAAGGAUCCCAGUAUGUUGGAUAUUAAUAAUCCUGGAGUUGUCAAGCGAGGUGUUAUUGUAUUUGGAGGAUUGACGUUACUUGCUGUUGCAUACUUUAUAUUUUAUAGAAAUAAGCACAAAAAGUUUGACGCUGCUAACACACAUGGUAAUAGCGAUUCAAACCAGUUUAGAUAUGGUGUAUUGCACUCGGACGACCGUCGGGAGAAUCUUGAGCUCUCCCGGAUACCACUCACCAUGGAAUCUGAUGAUGACGAAGACGAGGACUUGGAAAUAUUUGACUUAGAACAGAAAAGGAAAUCCCUGUCGUAUGUUAACUUGCAAACAAAUGAUGAAGAUAUUGUUCUGCGGUCUUCCAACGAUGAAUCUAAGAAUAAUCUGCUUCUAGAUAUUGAAGAUGCAUCAGGGGAUCAAUUGAUUAACUGGUCAGGAAGUGGGAGUAAGUCAAUAUUAUAAGACACAUUGUGAUAUUCUGUACAAAGUUGACCUGUAUUUUGUUUAGUUGAGUCAUAUUUCAGUUGAUUUAGCAAGAAAUUUAAAAAAGACGCAGAGAAUUCAUCAUUGAAUUAUGCACCAUCUCACAAAAAACUUAGAUUUACUUACUUUUUUACAGUAGAAUUUGCUUUAACUUUUUUGGCAUCUUGUAUGCAAUAAGUAAUUUGAAAUUUGACUCAACUUUAUUAAUAUUGUAGAAUAAAAGUUCUGAAAUAUUAUCCUGGCUUAGAAAUUGUACAGAUUGGUCCUUACAAUGCGAUUUGGGCAUGAUCUUCUGAAUAGUAAAUUUUAUAGCUCAUGCUGUUUGUAUUGCUAAAAAUUUGUAUAAGAUGAAUUUGUAAAGAAACAUUAUUUCUUCAUGGCAUCUUCUAGAACAUGGACUCGAAUAUCAGAAUGGCUUUACAUAAACGGAAUACUGUUAUCAGUUAUAUAAAGCCAUACAAACUAUGGAAUAUUUUACCACUGAUCAUCAAGUUUUAGCCCAUUAUUAGUAUGAUUAUAAAUACUUUGCAAUAUUCAAUUCACACAAAAAUCUUAUGAUGAUAAAACCGUUUGGCUCUUAUAUUUAAUUGUCAUGAGAAGUGUUGGCAAAAUUCAUAGUGAAAUAGUACUUAUCAUGGCUGUUAUUAAAACAAUGUCACUGAAAUAUUAACUUAGUAAUUAUUAAAUGAUUUAUUUUUCUAUCACUCCAUGUAUACAAAUAAAUUAUUUAUACAUAGCGAAAUACUCCUUGUUAUUGAAGCAUUUGCCAAAUGGGCAAACCUAUGUAUAUAAUUUGAUCUGGCUAUAUUUUAACUAAGUGUCAUUAGCAAAAACAAGAAAAUAUUAAAUAUUCCAUAAUUUUUAGGUAAGUUUUUAAAACAUUUUUAAAUUGGUUCAAUACAUUGCAUUUAUGAAAAAACAAGUCAAAUAUUGUUUUUUGUGUAUGUAUGUUUAUUUAGGAUAUGACUGCACAAAUUUAUCUUGAUGUUAAAAUUUCCAUACUAAAAUUGUAUGGGAAAUAUGUAGUUUUUAACUAUUAAUCUGUAACGAUUUGUCCUUUUUCUAAAGCAAGCUUUAGACUUGCCAUGUCUUACUUUAUAUUUUAUGCUUGUAACACCUAAAAAUCUUAAGUGUCAAGUUGAAUUGUUACUAAUUUAAAUAACCAUAUUUAUUUUAGUUUUAAUAUCAUAAAUGAUUACAAGUUAUACUAGGUAUUUUUUGUUAAUAAAAAUAUUAUAACUCGCAAUAUUUAAACCUAUUUAUAAUUAGGAAUGAGGUAAAGAAAUGAAUGUUUUAAGUUUUUAUAUGCUUUUGUUAACCUUCCCUAUCUUAGCCUGGAAAUAGUGGCUUUAAGGCCUGUCGGAAAUUACCAAGUGCCAAAGACGCAACUUAAACGAUAUAUAAUAAAAUAUAUUUUUCUAUGAAUAAAUAUUUACAUGUAGUACCUAACUUAGGUAUAUAGACAAUGUGUAUAGAAAUACACUCGUGUUUGUCACCCAGUUUUUUGUUUUGCAGAUAUGGAAAUAGAAGGAAUAAGUUUUUAAUUAAGCUACUUAAGAGUGGUUGUGUCUUUGGUAUGGGCUUACUAUCAUAGUAUAUUUUAAGCUUUUGGACUGUGAUAGUAGUAUGGGAGUCUACGUAAUACGAAAUAUUUUUUCUAAAUCUUAGUUAUACGUAGAUUAGCAUUUCUCAUCUUUCUAGGCCUAAAUAUUUUAGUGUAAGGCUGUUUAAUUAUUAAAAUAUGCUAUAUUUUA